AUGGCAUAUGCAGUCCUCAUCGCGGCUAGAAAGUUAAGACCAUACUUUGAUGCGCAUACAAUCGAAGUGCUAACAAACUUUCCUCUCGAAAAAGCCAUCAGCAAGCUAGAUACAUCAGGCCAGUUGCUAAAAUGGGCAAUAGAGUUGUCCGAGUUUGACUUGGAAUUCCGGCCAAGAACUGCAAUCAAAGCCCAGGCAUUGGCGGACUUCAUAGUUGAAGCGUCAUACCAAGAAGAUGAAGUACAAGCUGAAGUAUGGGAUGUGUCAGUGGAUGGUUCAGCUGCACAGACAGGCAGUGGGGCUGGAAUAAUCAUGAAAUCGCCAGCAGGAGACAUUUUUGAGUAUGCUAUAAAGUUUACGUUCAACGCGUCAAAUAACGAGGCAGAAUACGAGGCAGCAAUUGCUGGCAUCCAAAUGUGCCUCGCAGCAGAUGCCAAAAGAGUAAUACUGACAACAGACUCCCAGCUGGUAGCAAGUCAAUUCAGCGGAGAAUAUGAGGCCAAAGAACCUUCGAUGGUCAAAUACCUGGAGAAGUUGAGGUCGGUGUCAGCUCAGCUAGAGAAAUUCAGCAUUAAUCUGGUACCCCGAACAGAGAACACACUGGCAGACGCCCUAUCAAAGUUAGCAAGUUCAAAUGUCGCCGACUUGAAAAGAACAGUCAUGAUGGAAGUCAUGAAUAAGCGAAGUACGGAGUCGGAGAUAAUACGGGUCAUGGCCAUCACAACCACCUCAGAAUGGUACGAUAAUAUCCAAACAUACAUACAGACUGGAGCCCUACCAGCAGAUUUUGCAGAGGCCAAAAAGACAAGAAGGGACUCGGUUUGGUACAUCAUCCUGUGGGGACGGUUGUACAAAAAGUCAUUUAGCCUGCCAUUCUUAAGGUGCCUGACAGCAUUCGAGUCAGCAAGGCUGAUCGAAGAGAUGCACGAAGGAACAUGUGGGAACCAUGCCGGUGGAAAACCCCUUGCCAUCAUCUGUCAAAGGCAAGGCUAUUACUGGCCAACAAUGUUAGAAGAUUGUCGAGCUUAUGUAAAAAAGUGCGAGAAAUGUCAAAAGUUUUCAGCUGUGAUAAACUUGCCGGCCAAUGAUUUGAUGCCCAUUCUGAACCCAAUCCCAUUCGCACAAUGGGGAAUGGAUAUUGUUGGACCAUUCCCAAUGGCGGCUGGAGGGCGCAAGUUCUUAAUAGUAGCAGUGGACUACUUCACCAAGUGGAUAGAAGCAGAGCCGGUAGCAAAAAUAACGGCAAGCCAGAGCAAUGGGCAAGCAGAGGCGGCGAAUAAGCAAAUCCUGGCUGCACUGAAAAAGAAGCUAGAAGACUGUAAAGGCAAAUGGGCAGAUCUUAUGCCGGAAAUUCUGUGGUGCAACAGAACUGCUAUCAAGGAGGCUACCGGCGAAAGUCCGUUCAAAUUGAGCUUCGGGUCUGAGGCUGUCAUACCGGCAGAAAUGGCUCUGCCAACCAUGCGAAUCCAGUAUUACGAUGAGGAGAGAAACGAUCAGCUGCUGCGACAUCAGUUGGAUUUCAUGCCAGAAAUCCGCAUGAAAGCAGAAGUAAGUUCGGCAGCAUACAAAAGCAGAAUGAGCAGAGCAUACAACAAGAAAGUGAAGCAUCGGCCUCUAGGAGUAGGAGACCUGGUACUGCGGAGAACGGCGGCAACAGGAAAAGGAAAUGCUCAAGGAAAGCUGACAGCCAAUUGGGAAGGACCAUACCAGAUAUGGGAGGAAAUAGUUCCUGGAUCAUACCGGUUAAUGCAAAUGGAUGGUACCGCACUCAAAAACUCCUGGAACGCCAGUACUCUGAGAAAGUACUAUGUUUGA